AUGUUUGGCAGCUUCCGAAUAGGAAGUGGGAGUGGAAAUGGCAAGAAAAAUGGAAAAGAGAAUUCAGACAAUAGUAAAAAGACCACCGGGUCUUCGUCGUCCAAGACUACCCCCGGCGGAGUGAAACGUGGCGCGUCCAAAUCACCCCCUCAACCUCCACCACGGCGACAAAACACUGGUGGAAGUUCUUCGAGUAACACUGCUCAACCUCCAGGUUCUCAAAUGUCGUUAUCCAAUAUCACGACUGCCUCAAGUGUUCCGCCAAGGACUCCUCAAGACCCCCGAAUGUCACUGUAUAACAUUACGACCGCCUCAUCUGCACGGGGCCAGUUACAACAGGCUGCUCCCAUACAACCACCUAUCCCAAGACAAGUCUGGUAUUGUUGUCAAUGUCUUGUUGGUAGGAAAGGAAAUCCUCCUAUUCCGCACGAGAUGUACAAAACUGAAUACACAUACCGUGUCCCCACAAGCGGUGUAGCCAGUCAUGUUUGA